AUGCGUGCCGUAACCAUUUUCAUCGUUACUCUUCUUGUUCUAGGAAGCUUCUACUUUGUCAUGUCAGGACCCGCUUGGCAAGUGAAGGCGAAGAGACCUGCAUGUUAUAAGAUAGAAUGCACGAAAGAUGCAGACUGCAAAAGAGGGUCCUGCUCACGUUGCAAUAGUAACGUCUGGGGCGACAACACUUGCCGCUGA